CAGAGCAAAUAGGCGGACCCGUGGCUUUUAUGCGCAGAUUAUGUGUCUCUGGAUAUUCCAUGAACAUGAUGCACUUACAUAAAAUGCACCUUUAAUGUGCCUUGAGGCAUGGAGGGGUAUUGAUCCAGAGGAGAAAUGCACGCUUCUGAUUCACAGUAAUGGAAUGAAGACACUCUCCUCGAUACAAUGGAUGAUAGAUCCAGUAAGCUCAUGUUGGUGCCUAUCCUGGCGGUGCUGUUUGUUAUGAUUGGUUACCAGUACAUUUGUCCCGCAGGCAGCAAUUCGUGCCACUUCAAGCCCGGGGAGAAGCUGAAGGGGGUGAGCCUGCUCUCCAGCCCGGACCAGGACACGGAUGAUUUCUACAGGGACCAGGACCUGGAGGACGACAGCCCCGCCAAGCUGCCCUCCAAAUUCAACUUCACCGAGCGGGACCUGGACAGACACGUGGAGUUCAACAUCAAAGGGGACGACGUGAUCGCGUUCCUGCACAUCCAGAAGACCGGGGGCACCACUUUCGGGAGGCACCUGGUGAGGAAUAUUCGCCUGGAGCAGCCGUGCGACUGCAAGCCGGGCCAGAAGAAGUGCACAUGUCACCGGCCGGGCAGAGACGAGUCCUGGCUCUUCUCCCGCUUCUCCACGGGCUGGAGCUGCGGGCUGCACGCAGACUGGACCGAGCUGACGAACUGUGUGCCCGUCAUUAUGGACAAGAAGGAGGCCCAGAGGAACAAGAGGAACUUCUACUACAUCACCAUGCUGCGCGACCCAGUCUCCCGCUACCUGAGCGAGUGGAAGCAUGUUCAGCGUGGCGCCACAUGGAAGACCGCCCUCCACAUGUGUGAUGGACGCUCCCCCACCCAGGAUGAGCUGCCCACCUGCUACAGCGGGGAUGACUGGUCCGGUGUCACCCUGACGGACUUCAUGAACUGCCCGUCCAACCUGGCCAAUAACCGGCAGGUCCGCAUGCUGGCUGACCUGAGCCUGGUCGGCUGCUACAACCUGUCCUCGAUGAACGAGAGCCAGCGGAACCACAUCCUGUUGAGCAGCGCCAUGAGCAACCUGAAGAACAUGGCCUUCUACGGCCUGACGGAGUUUCAGCGCAAGACGCAGUACCUGUUUGAGCGGACGUUCAGCCUGCGUUUCAUCUCCGCGUUCACGCAGAUCAACAGCACGCGAGCCGCCAACGUGGACCUGAGCGAGUCCGUGCGCAGACACAUCGAGGAGCUCAACUUCUUGGACGUGCAGUUGUACGAGUAUGCAAAGGACUUGUUCCUGCAGCGAUUCCAGUUCACCCGCCAGAGGGAGCACCAGGAGGUGCGCUUGAAGCGGCGCGAGGAGAGGCGUUGGCUGAGGGAGCAAAGGGAGCAGGGCAGGCCGUGGCAACCCAAGUACAGAGGAGGUGGAGACAGAGGCGAGAGAGCGGGAGGAGGUUUUGAGGAAGGGACUGAUGGGGACUUUCCGACCACUACUGAGGACUACACAAGCCAAGUGGCCCGCUGGUGAAGCUUUGGUCCCACAAAGAGAGAGGGGCAAAAGAGAGAGAGUGGCCGAUGGAGAUUCCUCACAGACUACAUCAAACAUUUCCUUUGACGCUCUCUUGCACAUCCUAUGUCUCUCUCCUCCCGUCUCACCAUUAAUCUGUCUCCCGCAUCUAUCCGUCUCUCAGCUUCAGUGGGAUCCAAGCGCUCUGCUGUUUCUUUACGAAAACUGCCAAGUCUGUGAGUCUCACAGCAGCUCUGCCUUGGACUGCCUUUUGGUGUCUUAAAUCUUUAAAUGCCGUUUAUAUAUUUUUUUUGUCAUUAAUUUUUGCCUUUGUUGUUUAUCAUUUGUUGGGGGAAAAAAGACAGUAAACUGAGGUGAAGAGAAAAACACAAUCUAAAGAGCCUGGCAGAGACUGCAAUGCUUUCAAUUUUGACAUGAAGUGCAAAAUGAAAUAAUGUCACUGAAGUCAUUGUCUUUGUUGCAACUGGUAGAAAACUUUUUCCAUUUGAAAGUUGUAGUUGUAGAACUGAUGGUUGCAUGUCACAUGUUAUACUUCUAAUUGGGGAUAAUCAUUUCCAAAAGAUAUACAGUACUGUAAACCAAAGGGAAUAAACACAAAAUACAGAAUAUAUUUGCUUUUAAUUUAAUGCUGAUGAAACCCUAUCUGACGCUGGACUCACAAGUGUGCGUUUUGUGUACGCCUGGCGG